AAUAGGUAUAGAACGACAAUAUGCACAUAACUUGAAAUGAACGACCAAAUGGUCCUUAAUACAGUUGAAAACACAGAACAAACAGCACGUGCAAGCAUGCAGACAGAAAUGUGUGUGUGAAACAGGAGAGGUGCAUACACGAUUACUUAAAUAUGCAUCAGUUAAUUUUCAAACAGAGAAAAUUGAUGGCAUUGUCAGCUUUUAUAGCGACAAUCAUUCCUGUAUUCAUCGGUCUCAAAUCUGGCGCCUGUCGGCCGAACACGUACAUAACCACUGGCUUCGGCAAUAACCAGUUUGGAACAAAGACCGCGUACUUCUGGACGUAUCCUGAAAGUGAACAUGUUAAGAAUAAAUUAAUGAAAAUAACAAUGGACGGACGCACAUGUAACGCUGUACAUGUAAAUCUCGUAUCCAGACAUGGAGCAAGGUAUACUAGUGUAAGAGACAUGCGCUCGUUUACGGCACUUCAGCAAAAACUUAAACACAAUUUCACAAAUCAAACGUAUGACUUCAUUAAUAACUGGGUUAACAGGUACCCUGAGGAAAAAGAAACACUGAUAUCUGCUCUAGGAGAAAGAGAAAUGGCCUAUCUUGGAACGCAUUUUGGAACGGAGCUUCAUGAUUUGUUAAACGGGACAGUAUCUACAGACGGAACUCCGACUUCAGUGCAGUUCGCCGCAACACGGAAGACGCGGACACAAGAGAGCGCCAAAUAUUUCUUUAGGGGUUUGACCGACGUACUAUUAGGACAAAACUUGACAAGUGUAAAACCUUCAAUCAGAGACAACAUUCUUCGUUUCUUUGACAACUGUAAAAGGUACGAGCAAGAAACUGCCGAUUUGAGCGAACAAGCAAAGUUUGAAAGUGGACCUAUAUUUCAGAAAGUUGUCACCGAUAUUACAGAGAGACUCGGUACAAACGUUUCCCUUACAGUUGGCGAUGUGAAGAUGAUAUACAGGCUUUGUGCUACUGAACUAGCAAUCAGGAAUAAUGCUGACUGGUGUUCUCUGCUGACAGAUGCUGAUAGAGACGUGUUAGAAUAUGACAAUGAUAUCAAAGAUUGUAUAACAAGAUGGUAUGAACAUAAAAUAACGGGACAGAUGUCUUGUCCAUUUGGAAAGGACAUAUUUACUUCUAUGGACAAGGCUAUAGCUGGAAAUGACCAAGGUUCAAGUUAUACGAAAGGCAUGUUCCAGUUCGGACAUUCAGACACGAUAACUGACCUUGCAGCCGGUUUCGGUUUAUUCAAUGACUGGGACUCGCUAAGGGCAGAUAAUUAUUACGCCAUGCAGAACAGAAAGUGCAGAGCGUCCAUUCUAGAUCCUUUCUCUACUCAUUUUGCUUUCGUUCUCUACAAUUGUGGAGGCGCUGGGAUAGACAGUUAUGCCCUUAAACUUUUUUUCAAUGGUAAAUCCAUCUCUAUUCCAAAAUGCAACAGCGAAGCAUGCUGGUACAAAGAUGUCAGACUGGGUUACAAACAAUUUAUUGAUGGCUGUGACCUGGACAGCAUAUGUGCAGUUCAACACACGCCGGAUAUAAUAGGUUAA